AUGGCGAGCAAGUCGCAGUGGCUGUAUCGACAGCUGCUUGGAAAGACGCCGCCCCUAGCCCCAGAUGUGAAUCUCUCCGGCAAGGUCGCUAUUGUCACUGGCUCCAACAGUGGCCUUGGCUUGGAAACAGCUCGCCAGCUCUUACGCCUAGGGCUCUCAAAGCUCAUACUCGCUGUGCGCUCCGAGUCAAAGGGCGAUGCUGCUCGAAAAGAGCUGCAGGCUGACACUGGAGCCGCGCCUGAGGAGAUCGAAGUCUGGAACCUGGACCUCUCGUCAUACGAAUCUAUCACAAAUAUUGCGCAUAGAGCAAAAGCCCUGGACCGUUUAGACAUCGCCAUCUUGAACGCCGGAUUAUUCCAGGCCAAAGAAACGUUCAACCCAGUUACUGGCUACGAGCAAUGCGUACAGAUCAACUACCUCUCUAGCAUGCUUCUGAUGACCCUCCUGUUAGGCGCUCUCAAGUCAAAGCCAGGAGCUUCUCCAGGCCGCUUGGUCCUCGUAUCAUCCGACACGGCGGGCUGGGUCAGCUUCAAAGAGCAAGAAUCGCGGCCUAUUCUGCCCAUCUUCAAGAAAAAGACCGAGAAAUGGGAUAUGCAAGAGCGAUAUGGAGUAAGCAAGCUCCUUGGUCAGUUUUAUCUGACGGAACUGGCCAAGAGACUGCCAGCAUCUGUUGUCACGAUCGAUGCCGUCAAUCCAGGCUUCUGCUAUGGAACGGCGCUCACUAGAGACGGAGAUGGCACUCUUACAGGCACCCUCGUGAACGGCUUCAGGCGUGUGAUUGGAAAGCCGAGUUCUGUCGGAGCUCUGUCCAUCGUGCAUGCUGCUGUUAGCUUUGGAGAGGAAGCGCAUGGGCAGUACACCGAAGAUGGAGAGAUACGGCCGAUGGCACCGAUCAUCUACAGACCGGAAGCAAAGGAGAUAGCCAAGCAGCUAUGGGAUGAGACAAUGACUGAGUUAUCAUUUGCUCACCUGGAGGAUGUCAUAGAAGAGGUCGUGAGGUCAGAUUGA